GGUUUAGCGCCGUCGACGAUUCCUGCCUCACUGCCUCUUCCCUCCCCUCCGCUCUGCUUCUCCUCUCCUCGCGGCGUGCAUCCAUGGCGGCCUCCUCCGCCUCCCUCCUCGCCCGCCGCCUCAUCCUGUCCCGCCGCUUCCUGUCAUCCCGACUCAGCUCCUUCUCCACCACCACGACGCCCAGUUCCUCGACCCCUUCGUUCAACGGAUCCGAUGCGGAGUCCGACCCUGAGCACGAGCACUACCAGCCCCGCGCGGACCAGGAUCGUCAGCAGACGUCGAACCGCCCGCGCCCGCCCGACACCACCCGCCCUCUCGAGAACGGCCUCGAUCCUGGCAUCUACAAGGCGAUACUGGUGGGGAAGGUCGGGCAGGAGCCGAUGCAGAAGCGGCUGCGGAAUGGGAGGACCGUCGUCCUCUUCUCGCUCGGCACCGGCGGCAUCCGCAACAACCGCCGCCCGCUGGAUCGCGAGGAGCCGCACCAGUACGCCGACAGGUGCUCCGUGCAGUGGCACCGCGUCUGCGUCUACCCAGAGCGCCUCGGCACCCUCGCGCUCAAAAACGUUAAGACUGGCACUGUCCUCUAUUUGGAAGGAAAUCUUGAGACCAAAGUGUUCUGUGAUCCAAUUACUGGGCUGGUUAGACGCAUAAGAGAAAUAGCUGUGCGAUCAACUGGUCGUCUCUUGUUUCUGGGCAAUGACACCAAUGCUCCAAAGUUGGGUGAAGUCAAGGGCGUCGGCUACUUCUGAUAUUCAGUUAUGUUCAACUGAGCAUAUGCCGGCUUGCUGAGUUAACUGGGAUGGAGGUAUUAUCACAAGAUUCACAAUGGUGUUACUUGUUCUAUAUUGCUGAAAUCUGAGUGGACCAACACAUCCUGGUGGUGAUUCGAGUCUUUUGCUGUAUUGAAUUUUAUCAGAUUCUUGCUUUCUCAAGCUCUCAACACCAUUGUAGAUGCCUUGUAAUCGUUGAGCAGCAACCUAUAGGAUGUGUAGCCAGUAACCUAAUUUAACACAAGACAUGCUCUGCAGAGUGGUUUCUUUGUACCUUUUCAUUCUUAGUUUUUUUUUCAAAGAAAUGUUUCGUCUUCUCUAGGGACGAAGAGGUAAUAAAAUUUCAAUCCCAUGACAUUUGUGCA